AUGGAUAUGUCGAAUUAUUCGCAAUACAAUAGUGAAAGCGAAUCCGGUUGGACUAACUACUUGAACCAUUCCUCUUUUUCUGCAAAACAUUUCAAUAGCAAAAGUGUUGAUUACGGGGAUUAUGAAGGAAAAGGAGUAACAAUAGAGGAAAGGGAUGAGGAAGAAGAUUUAUCCAUGGUUUCUGAUGCUUCUUCUGGCCCUCCACACUAUCAUGUAGAGGAAGAUUAUCAACAAAACUACUGUGUAAAUUGGAAUAAUUCUUCAAGUUCUAAAGAAUCCAAAAAGAAGGUCAAUGAUUACCGUAGAAAAAGUCAACAAUCCUCACCUCUUGAUGACACUGCUAGCUCCCAUGUUCUUAACUAUCCCAAGAAGAAAAUCAGUUUCUCUGUGAAUGGAGCAGUGGAGAAUAAUAAUAAUAAUACAAUUGAUUUUUCCCCUUGUUUCUCUGCAACAAGAACAAAGAGAAAGACUAAAUUCCAGAAGCGUUCACAAGCUUCCGGGGAACCAGGUGGUUUUAAUGAAGAAAGGAAAUGA